CAGCAUGUCGACGAACUUCGGAAAAGAAGACGGUGUUUUCAUUCGUAUUAUGACGAUGGAUGACUACGAAAAGAUCGGAGAAAACAUUUACAAUGAAGAACCACUCAAACUGGCAAUGGACAACUAUUUGAAGAUUGAGCCAAAUCAAUCUCAAAAGAAUGAAUUGGAAGAAUAUCAUCAUUCGAUGGUAAAACAAGGCACUUGCUUAGUGGCAAUCAAUGACGAGAACGGUGGAGAUAUAGUUGGAAGUGUUCUAGCGGGCUGUGAAACUCUCAGCGAUCUGCAAGAAUAUUAUGCGCAGGUUGCUGCAAUGGAAGAAGGUUACUAUAAAACAUGUACAAUAUUCGAGUUUGAAACUAAAAUCAAAGGGAACUACUUCGAUCGUUACGGUGUCUCAAAGGUGCUUUAUUCACAUAUGACAAAUGUUGAUGCCUCCCAUCGAGGAAAGGGACUCGGAGCACGUUUAGCAGCUGCAUUAAUGGAAUUGGGUCGAUCCAAAGGUUUUCCUAUUAUGAUAGCAUGCUGUACAAGUUUAUACACUGCCCGACAAAAGGAGGCAUUGGGAAUGGAGUGCAUUUACAGUCAAGCCUAUGCUGACUAUAAAGACGCCAAUGCUCAAGUCGUGUUCAAUCCACCAGCUCCUCAUACGCAUGUUCGUGUAAUGGCCAUUAAAUUGUGAAAAUUAGGCAAGCACCACGCAAACAACAUGUCAACGAACUUCGCAACAAAAG